AUGGCGACCAGCCUGCGGACCUUCAGGCUGCAUGUGGAAGGUGACCUGGCGCUGCAGCUGGGGCAGCUGACCCAUGUGUGCGAGGACGUCAGCGUGGAGGCCACAACCAUCCUGCUGGGCGUCGAACAGGCAGAGGUGCCUCCCCACAUCUGGGGAGAUCCCGCUGCACUGGAGGCCAGCCAUAGGGCCUGUGAGGAAGCCUGUGACCAGAUGAUCCAGAGGCUGGGUCAACAGGGCCCCGAUUUGAAGACCCUUCGCCUGGCCUCUGACGUCUCCCUCAAGAUCAUCCCUGCCAGCGAGAGCCUGGAGAGCUUCGAGGCCUACAUGGCAAAGAUGUACCCCGUAUUCCUGGGGGCCCUGCCCAUCAUGUACGGGUUCCAGGCGCAGGGCCUGGAGGAUAAGUGGAGCAUCCUGUGUGGCUGUUCUGCGCCGGGGUCGCAGGAGGCGGCCGAGCUGGCCCGGCUUACCUUCGUUGCCCGGGGCCGAAACGAUGUGGGGAUCACCAUUGGUGCUCUGUCCGAUCAAUCUGAAGAUUGA